AUGUCCUUUCUAUGCCAACGACAAAAUCGACGUGGUCCUUACGCGACUAAGGCAUGUGUUAAUUGCCGACAGAGACAUAUAAGGUGUUCUGGGAAUGUGCCUUGUAAUCACUGUACACAACGCAGUGUUGAAUGCGUUUUUAUUAAUUCUGGUAAAAAACGUGGACCAAAGACAUCACAAUCUUCCGUAAUCCCUGAAGUGCAGGGUUACGCAUCAAGCUCUCCACAACAACUCGAUAACUAUGGGGAUAUUUCUUUCUAUUUUAUUCCUUAUGAUGCACUUCAAAUCGACAUUUCUGAAGAGCUCGUUCCCCUGCUUAAUCAAGCUAACUAUUAUGUUAUGCAAGAUUUAACUUCUAAUCUACAUCGAAAUAAUAUAUCACUUAAUAAUAAUAACAUCUAUUUAAAUAAUCAUACCACUAUUUCUUCUAAUUUAGAUUAUUUACAUUCUGAGUGA